AUGGACGCCAUGAGCCGGGCCUUACGAAGAGUUGCUCGGUCACCCUUCUCAAAUGAAAUUGAACAGGCCCCUAUGCCGAGUCCGUUUACACGGUCGCCAUUCAAUUUCUACGAUGGGAAAACGGACCCUGUGGAGCAUGUCAGUCAUUAUAUCCACAUGAUGUCCUUGCACGCACACAAUGAUGCGCUGAUGUGUAAGGUAUUCCCCUCUAGUCUCGGCUCCACAGCCUUGAGAUGGUUCAAUGGAUUACGGAAAGGUUCCGUUCGCAGCUUCGCCGAGCUGAUCCAGGAGUUCGGCACUCGAUUCGUGACGUGCAGCCGAGUGCCGCAACCGGUGGACGCGCUACUUUCCAUGAAAAUGAGGGUCGGUGAGACCCUUCGGAGUUAUGCUAGUCGAUAUUGGGAACUUUACAGUGAGAUCGGUGGGGGGAAUGAGAAGAUUGCGGCAAGCACCUUCAGGAUGGGACUUCCCGAAGAUUCCGAACUACGGGAGUCGCUAACGAAGAGACCUCCCGAGGAUAUGAGGCAACUUAUGAGGCGUAUUGAGGAGUAUAAGCGACUUGAGGAUGAUCGGCUGCAGAAUAAGGGGAAGGCCCCGUUGCUCGGUAGAUCUCGACAGGGCAUUAUUCCGACAAGACCAAAAAAGGACUACAGGAUGCAGGAAUCAGAAGCGCAAAUAUAA